AUGGCCGCGCGGCGCUGCGCUGAAGCGUGGCGCUGCGGCUGGCAGCGUCGGUGCUGGCUGGCGCCGGGCGGUAACUAUGUGAGCUGGGUCCGUGGCCGCCGAUUGCGCCGCAUCCUGGCCAGAUUUGGUGGAAAGAAGCCCCAACACCAUCCGCUCAUCGCCAAGCACGUCAAGAGAUCUGCCCAGCCACUUCACACGGACUGUAUUGGUUCUAUUGAUGGGACUCACAUACCAAUGAUACUUCCACUAGAUCAACAGGAACCAUAUCGAAACAGGAAGCAAACACUAUCUCAGAAUGUUAUGUUGGCAUGUGACUUUGACCUAAAAUUUGUACAUGUACAUGCUGGCUGGGAGGGAUCAGCUUCAGAUGCAAGAGUUCUACAAGAUGCACUUAACCAUGGUGGUUUUGAAAUACCUCCUGGUAAUUUUUUUCUUGUAGAUGCUGGUUAUGCAAACACAACUCAGUUUAUUUCCCCGUAUCGUGGGACAAUAUAUCAUCUGCAGGAACAAGGAAGAGCUAGACAAAAGCCACGCGAUUACAAAGAGUUGUUCAAUCUUCGACAUGCGCAGCUAAGAAACCAUAUUGAGAGAGCUAUUGGAAUAUUAAAAAUGAGAUUUCCUAUCCUAAGGACUGGUUCACACUACCCAGUUAACAAACAAGUUGACAUAUCGGUUGCUUGUUGUGUUUUACACAACUUCAUACGCCUACACAAUGGAGAUAUGUCGUGGCCAAAUAAUUCAAAUGCAGAGAUUGAUCCAGACCAGAUUGUUGAUGUACCAAAUGGAGACCAGAACUACAAUGGUGAUAUACGUGCAUUUAAUAAUUCCAGAGAAGCUGGAAAUCAGAAGCGAAAUGACAUAGCACAGCGGAUGUGGGAUCAUUACAUAGCGCGAAGGACUUAA